GCGACUAUGGAUGUCGCUAUAAAGAAUCCUCGCGUGCCGGUUCUUCAACUAAACACUAACGGUUGACCGCGAGCAGCGAGCGCAGAGCAACGCGUCGAUGAAAAAGAAAGAGAGAGACAGUGCGUUACAUUGUUAGCGCGACAACGGGGAUCAGAGUUCGCAGCAGCAGACCAACAUGGACAACGUGCUGGACCCUUUCUCUGGACUCGACUCUUUCUCCUCCCCUCCUUAUUUCGACGAUGACGAGUUUUUCACCGACCAGUCCUCGAGAGACGGCCACUUGGACACUGAUGACUUUUUGGAUGACGACGUCGACUUCCUCGCCAGUCACUUCCAAGACUAUUACAGCAAAGACGGAGGCGACAGAGCGGCGCCCCGCGAUGGGGACUACGACGCCGGCAACUUGUCCUUCUCCUCGUCGUCCUCCACUUUCUCCUACGGCACCCCGGACCUGUCCCCGCGUCACGGCGGGCCGUCGCUGAAGCGCAGGCGGCGGAUGCGGUCCGACAUGGAGAUGCAGCACCUGAGACAGGCGGCCAACGUGCGGGAGCGGCGGAGGAUGCAGUCCAUCAACGACGCGUUCGAGGGUCUCCGCUCGCACAUCCCGACCCUGCCCUACGAGAAGAGGCUGUCCAAGGUGGACACGCUGCGGCUCGCCAUCGGCUACAUCAACUUCCUCGCCGAGCUCGUGCAGUCCGAUCUGCCCAUCCGAAACUCCAGCAGCGAGACGCACGCGCAACCCAAGAAGGUCAUUAUCUGUCACAGAGGAACAAGGUCUCCCUCCCCCAGCGACCCGGACUACGGCCUGCCUCCCCUGGCCGGGCACUCUCUGUCCUGGUCGGAUGAAAAGCAACUCCGAGAGCAGAACAUCAUCCGCACCGCCAAGGUGUGGACGCCGGAAGACCCCCGAAAACUGCACAGCAAACCGGGCCUCACAGACAUUGAAAACGAGCCUCCUUUCGGCCUGGUGGCCUGAACAUGAACACCCGAGUCCUUGCGACUUGUCCUGUAAA